AUGAGUCAAGCGUAUUGUUCCUGUCCAAUUCCGCAACUUUAUUUUCCUUCAUUCGAUCAGCAAGUUAAAAUCUUAAAAUUACAAAAGGAUAUAAAUGAAGUCUUUUCAUAUAUUGUAUCAAUAACUCAAACGGUAGAAGAUCAAUUGGGUAUUCCACCACAAAUCUUUUUCCCUAAUCAGCAUACUUUCAAAUCAACAGGAAAUCAACAAAGCUCUUCUAUGGGCGAAGAUUGA